CAGAAAGUAAUUCAGUUUAGAUAGAGAGAGAAAGAGAGAGAAUCGGAGAGGGAGCUACGAGGUGAUUGAGAACAAAUCUGAUUAAAGUUGAGUCCCAGAGGCAAAGGUGUAGCUUGUAGAAGUCGCGAAAAAGAUUGAAUUUUUGAUUGCACAUUAUUCACAUAAACACGAAUUAGUGUUGGGAACUUUUUUAUUCUGAACAAGGGCAGACAUUGGCAAUCUUAGUCAUAGAUCCAUUGCGUGGGUAUAAACGGCGAGAGGGGGAGAGAUAUUCAGAUAGAAAAGGUAUUGAGGGAAAUCUGAUUUCGCUUCUUCGUUUUCAGUUGAAGUUUUCGCAUCUCCGUGAUUGGAUUUUUGCAGGUUUGGUUGGAAUUUUGGAGAAGGGUUAGUGAUAUUUUGCGAUUUUCGAGAUUUGAUUUUUUGAAGUGUCUCGAGAAAUAUGGAGAGCGGAACCGAGCAACCAGCGUCGUCUUCGGCGCCGCCGGCGGAGGAGCUGCUGAAGAAGAUUCAUGAAUUAGAAUUAGGUCACGCGCACUUGAAGCACGAGAUGUCGAAGCUGAUCACGACUUCCACGGCUGAAAUCAUGGCGGCUGAUCGCCGGCAGAAGCAGAGGUCUCACUCCAUUUCGCCGCAGCGGGUGCCGCGGUGGAGGACCGCCGCGGGAGAUGGGAAUGCGGUGGCGGCGUGGAAGAAGGGCUCCGCCACUUUCCGGCAUGCGUCUCCGCUGCAGAGGGAGAGCCAUAGCACUGAUUCGUGGACGGCUGGCGGCGGCCGUGGCGGCGGAGGCCAUGGACCGGCGGCGGUGAAUCUCACGGAUAAGCAGUAUCUGAAUAUAUUGCAGUCGAUGGGGCAGUCGGUUCAUAUAUUUGAUCUCAAUUUCCAGAUAAUUUACUGGAAUAAAAGUGCCGAGAAACUAUAUGGAUACUCGACUACAGAGGCUCUAGGGCAGGAUGCGAUCGAGCUACUGACAGAUCCUCGAGACAGUGCGGUGGCUAGUAACAUUGUGCGUCGUGUGGCAGCUGGUGAAAGCUGGACAGGGCAGAUUCCGGUUAAAAACAAGAGGGGAGAUAGGUUCUUAGCGGUGGCAACGAACACCCCUUUCUAUGAUGAUGAUGAGACUUUAGUUGGUGUUAUAUGUGUAUCGAGUGAUUCUAGACCAUUUAUAGAAGCACAGGCGGUAAAUUCGGAACUCGGUGAUUCGGGAACGGGCUCAAGAUCUAGCAGGGCUAGAACCAUUUCAGGAAAAUUUGGACUUGAUCAUCAGCAGCCUCUACAAGUAGCGAUAGCUUCAAAAAUAUCAAACUUGGCUACUAAGGUAAGCAACAAGGUUAAAUCGAAAAUGAGGCCUUCAGAGAACUCAGAUCGUGAAGGUGGGAGUAAUGAUAGUCAUCAUUCGGAGCAUGGUUUCCCAGAAGCAAUGUCCGAACAUCGAGAGGAUGCAGCUUCAAGUGGAGCUAGUACGCCUAGAGGUGAUAUACAUCCUUCUCCAUUUGGUGUGUUCUCUGGUGGUCAUGAGGAAAAUUCUCCAGGCAAGCCAUCUAGAGAUUCUGGUGACGAGGGCGAAGGGAAACCAGGAAUCUCUAAGAUUCUUAGCUCAAAGGCAGAGGCUUGGAUUGCUAAGAAAGGUUUAACAUGGCCAUGGAAAGGAAAUGAACAGGACGGGGCAGAACCAAAAUCUGGCCGAUUUGGCUGCUCAUGGGAGAACAACCAAGAACAUGAGUUGGGGCCGCAAAAGAGUGCUGCUGACUCAUUAAAACCAGAAAACCACACCGCCAAGACCAACCAUACAGCUAAUAAUGAGGCUCCCGGGUCUUGGUCAUCUUUUGUUAAUGUUAACAGCACAAGCAGCGCUAGUAGCUGUGGAAGUACGAGUAGUAGUGCUCUUAAUAAAAUCGAUAUGGAGACUGACUGCUUGGAUUAUGAAAUCUUAUGGGAGGACUUGACUAUUGGAGAACAAAUUGGACAAGGUUCUUGUGGAACUGUAUAUCAUGCUCUGUGGUAUGGAUCAGAUGUUGCUGUCAAAGUAUUCUCCAAGCAGGAAUAUUCGGAUGAUAUGAUCUUGGCCUUCCGACAGGAGGUGUCGCUUAUGAAAAGACUCCGACAUCCAAAUAUUCUCCUCUUCAUGGGCGCAGUUACUUCAUCUCAAUGCCUUUGCAUUGUUACGGAGUUUCUCCCACGUGGAAGUCUGUUCCGGUUGCUACAAAGGAAUUCGCCUAAAUUGGAGAGGAGGCGGCGUAUUCAGAUGGCUUUGGACAUAGCACGCGGCAUGAAUUACCUUCAUCAUUGCAAUCCUCCCAUUAUUCAUCGUGAUUUGAAGUCUUCAAACCUUCUUGUCGAUAAGAACUGGACAGUCAAGGUCGGUGAUUUCGGUCUCUCGCGUCUUAAACAUGAAACGUAUUUGACAACAAGGACGGGAGGGAAAGGCACGCCUCAAUGGAUGGCUCCCGAAGUUCUUCGUAACGAACCUUCAGAUGAGAAGUCCGAUGUGUAUAGCUUCGGUGUGAUACUAUGGGAACUUGUCACACACAAGAUUCCCUGGGACAACCUCAAUUCUAUGCAGGUAAUUGGAGCUGUGGGCUUCAUGAACCAACGCCUCGAGAUUCCAAGCGACGUUGAGCCACAGUGGACUUCCCUUAUCGAGAGCUGCUGGCAUAGCGAACCCCAAAGCCGUCCUUCGUUCCAAGAAUUAAUGGAGAAGCUAAAAGAUAUGCAAAGGCAAUGUGCAAUUCAGAUGCAAGCUGGUCGAGCUGCUGCUGCCAAAGAAAGGUAGAUAGAUGCAGAUGGCUGUGCAUUCUUGUGCUGUGUUUGUAGCAUUACUCCCACUUGCACAUACUGUAGCAUCACCGGAGAUUCGGCCGUCAGAUUCUGCCAGCAACAUUGUUUGACGAGACAGAUAGUGCAACACAUCCUGAAUGUGCCUCCGGAGGAGGACAUGAUUCACAUUUGUGCUUGAUUGAAUGAUUCGUGAUUCUCAUUUUUGGGUCCAUCUCUGACUAAAACAAUUCAAGAUACACCAUAUAUAAAGUUCCAAACUUGUUUGUUACAAA